AUGACCACAGAGAGCCAGGCGCACAUCCUGCCAGAUGGGCGCGCUCUCUGCUACCGUGUGUUCACCACUCUGUCAUCCGAGCAGAACCCUCCUUCGCUAUCUGUUUUCCACUUUCACGGCAGUCCUGGCUCACACCACGAAGCAAUGGCUGUAUACGACAGCGCAGAAUCUCAGGGCGUUGCCCUGCGCAUUGUCGCAGUCACACGUCCUGGGUUCGGCGGCUCAACUUACUACCCCAACCACACACUCCUAUCAUUUGCCAAGGAUGUUCUGAGCCUGGCCGACGCACUAGAAAUUGAGAAGUUCGCCGUCAUGGGCGUCAGUGGCGGUGGGCCAUACGCUCUGGCGUGCGCACAUGUCAUCCCCACCCCCCGUCUGGUGGUUGCGGUGGUGGUGAGCAGCAUGUACCCGCCCGAGUUGGGGACCAAUGGCAUGCUGGCCGUCAACCGACUGUUCUUGGGUCUGGCACCGUGGAUGCCCGCGCUCCUAGGCAAGGCGGUAGACUGGCACGUCGGCAACCUCGCGCGCGACUCCAACCCAGCAAGGUAUCGUCGCUUCCUGCUUGACAGCUUUGACGCCAGUCGGCCCCCCGAGGACCGAGCUACGGCGCACGGCGUGAAGGCGCAACGUUUCAUGGAGGCAUUAGUGCAGAGCACACGUGAAGGGUUUUUGCAGGGUUCGCGUGCGUUUGCGGAUGAGUUUGCACUCUUUGGAACCCAUUGGGGCUUUCAAUUGCAGGAAGUGAGAGCAAAGACGGUUGUUUGGCAUGGUGCCAAGGAUGCCAAUGUUCCCCUUGGAAUUGCUGUGGCGGCGGCAGCUGCGAUACCAGGUGUCAGGCUGAUGAUUGCCGAGGACGAGGCAUUCAUCAGUCUGCCUGCAAAUCGGAUGGAUGAUAUUCUAAAGUCGUUAUUAGAGCUGCUGUAA